AUGGAUCUAUCUACCGCCACAAAUAUCGGCACCUCAGCCAGCAAGGCUAGCGGAGAGAAGCGGCAUUCGUCGCAAGAGGGCUAUUCUUGCGAUGAUGGCGAAGGAGGCAUCAGCGAACUCCAUCACAAGCAUCAAUUUACACCGUUAACAAUCAUGGCUAUGGCUACUGUUUUAAUGGCAACAUGGGAGGCGUUGUGCGCCACAAUGGUGUCUGGCUUGGUCAGCGGUGGACCAGUCUCACUUUUUUACGGGUUCAUCUUGGCUCUGAUUGGGGCCCUUGCCACCGCAUCAUCCUUGGGUGAACUAACCUCAAUGUGGCCAACUGCUGGGGGGCAGUACCAUUUCAUUGCCCAUCUCGCGCCAGAUCGGUGGAAAUUAUCUCUCAGCUGGCUUGUGGGAUGGGUCGCAACUUUCGGAUGGGUAGCCUUUACAGCGAGCGCCCCUUUUCUGGGGGCUACGAUGCUCCAGGGCCUCAUAACUCUGGAUUAUUCCACCUACACUUACGAACGGUGGCAUGGCACCCUCAUAUACUGGGCCUUCUUGUUGCUGUCAGGUGUCGUUAAUUUAUGGGGCACCCGGCUAAUGAGUUUGGUCGAGAAUGUGUCCUUGGUCAUUCACAUUGUCGCAUUCAUCAUCCUCUUUACAGUGAUAUGGGUUUGCGCCCCAACACACAACUCUGCCAGCUUUGUCUUUACAUAUUUCGUGAAUAAUUCAGGCUGGUCGAGUAGUGGUGUUUCUUGGAGUAUCGGGAUGCUCUCAAGCGCUUAUGUUCUCGUUGGUUACGAUGGAGCAAUCCAUCUCUGCGAGGAGAUGAAAUCUCCCCAGACUGCAGUCCCAUGGUGCAUGAUUCUUUCCUUGGUGGUCAAUGGCGCGAUGGGCUUUGCAUUCCUCCUUGCACUCCUCUUUUGCAUGGGUGACGUGGAUUCUGCGCUCGCUACCACGACCGGAUUUCCCAUUAUCGAGAUUUUCAACUAUAUAACGGGCAGCACAGCUGCGGCUACCGCCAUGACCUGCGCUCUUAUAGUUGUGGCCGGCUUGGCUACCAUUCCCUUGACGGCCUCAACCUCUCGGAUGCUAUACAGUUUGGCACGCGAUAAAGCGUUUCCUUUCUCGAAAUACAUUACUCGUAUCAACAAGAAGAGCAACAUUCCAACAUGGUCUGUUCUAAUCGUGACAAUAUUCCUUGCGCUCCUCGGCUUGAUUAAUAUCGGCUCGACAACGGCCUUCAACGCAAUUCUAUCUCUCGCUGUUUUCGGUAUUCAUAUUUCUUAUCUUCUUCCGAUUGGCUUUAUGCUUUGGCGCCGCUUGUUCACACCAUCAGUCCUGGAAUACGGACCCUGGAGACUGGGACGCCUUGGCCCGGUUAUUAACGUCGUUUCCGUGAUUUACCUCACUUUUACAUCCAUCUUCUUGCUCUUCCCUCCAUACCAACCUGUGACUGCGCAAAACAUGAACUAUGCGUCCUUGAUAUUCGGGUCCAGGACGGAAUAA